GAAAUCAACAAUCCGAUUCUGGUGUGUUGGAUGGUUUCCAAUUAUAGUACCAUAGCUUGUGCUAACUUGAUCCAAGCAUUUGAAACUCCGUGUCAACGAGUAACUAUUGCGCUGCAAUUUCUUGGUUGAUCAAGUCAAAUAUGACAGUUCAGAAAUGAGCACGUCAAGAUGAAGAUCGUGCUAUGGUCGGCAGAAAAAUCAAAAUCGUUCGUGUGAAAUCGUUCCACGCAUCUCAGCUUUUCUGCUUCUCACGCGUCAUGUCCUUCUAGCUCGUCAAUCUUCGAAAGUCGUGGCUUCUAUUUAGUCUAAUCGCCAGAGAGGUAUAAGUACUCAUGUUGAUGAUCUAAAAAUCUCUCAAAUACAUAUCACCGUUCCAAUUGAUUAAACAAAAUGUCAGGGGGAAGCUUUGCGAAAUGGAUUCUUCUACUGACCCUCAUGUCUCACACGACGCGAAUUAUGUGUGCUAGUCUACCAAAGGAUUUUGGAGGAAGCAAACGGAACGCAUGGCCGGAGUAUAAGGGGCUGGAGGUCGACGCAGUUCUGGAUCUGCUCAAGCAAGAAGAUCCAAAGAACAACGUGUUUGUGCAAAGACCCGACUCGUAUACGACCAGGCCCCGUCCCAGCGCGCCUGUAAAUCUGUCGCAGGACAUCUGGCUCUAUCCGGAUGCAAAUGGCAUUGUUGCCAUCAUCCCCAAACGAGGAUUGGAGCAUCACAGCCCUGUAAGCGGAUGGACAGAGCUUGUUGGUACGGACUGGAGAGAAGCCAAGGCAGCCAUUCUGCGUGAGAUCAUCGGUGUGUUGGUCGUUUAUGGACGAGAAGGAUUUCCUCGAACCAAGGAUUUCAACUUCAACCGUGUGUUCCUUGAAGUGGGUCCAGAUGGCAAAGUUGCCAUAGCUCCGAAGCUUGGCUGAGAAUUAAUGAGCAGAUCGUAAGCGAUGGCAUCUGUUUAGGUCUGAUUUCUGAUCGGACUAGGAUGGCAAAGAAACUGCAGCUUGCCACUCUUGUGUAGUUUCUUCUUACAGAUAAACAAAUCUAAGAAGUCCUUCCAAUCACAUCAGAGUCAUCCUCAGCAGAUUCUUAACAUUGCUUCAUACAUGGAGGAAUGGCGUUUAUGCCUCUGCGUCCAUAAGCCAUAGCCACUCACUCUAACAGCGUAUUCAAGAGCUCAGAGAUGUGGUCACCAAGAUUUCCAUUGGAUGGAUUUUGUUCAGGAUCUCAAGACUGUCUGUCGUUGUGAUGCAUCGAGAGAUGUCCGAUGAUUCCAAGAUGUUGCUAAGAAUUCUAUCAUCUCACGCGAAAUUGGUGGAUGACAGCACGAUGAAGACCUGAUUGCAGGUUGAGAAAUAUCUGCCGAAAUACACAUACGUCGCUGAGAUUCAAGCGGACGAAUUCAAUGUCUCGGCCUUUCCUAGUCGGCACAGCGGUCUAAAAUUCACCAGUCGCUGG